AUGUCGCCUCAGUUCACAUCGCCGAGUAUAACUCAAGCAGGGGUUGUGGGCCUUACAUAUGCGGAGGUGUUAAGAGAUGCUACGGAAGAUGAUACAUCGCAGUCUACGGAGGAUAGUAUGUCGAAGAUGGUGCAUGUUACUGUUGCGCAGAUUUCAAAAGAUCCUAUGGAUAGGGCUAUGCAAAACGCUACAAGUGAACCUUUGACAGAGGCUAUACGAGACGCUACAUCGGAGUCUGCGGAAGAAAUUACGGCAGAGACAAUGCCAGACGCUACGUGGGUUACUAUAACGGAGGUUGUAAGUGAUGUUAAUAAAGAGGCAAUGCGAGACGCUACGUUGAGAUCUAUGAGAGAUUCUACUUCGGAGAGCGUGAAGGUUGCUAUAACGAAGGUUAUAAGUGAUGCUACGAUAGACGCUAUACGAGACGCUACGUUGGAGCCAACGCAAGAUAUUACGCCAGAGGCAAUGCGAGACGCUCCGUCUAUGAGAGAUGUUACGUUGGAAGCCGCGAGAGUUGCUAUGGAGAAGGUUACAAGAGAUGCUACGUCGGAUGUUGUGGAGAUUACUACUUUGGAUGGCACGCCAGAGGCAAUGAGCGACGCUGCAUCGGAGGCUGCGGACAUUUCUAAAGCGGAAAAUAAGAGAAAUGUCACGUCGGAAGCUAUGAGAGAUGGUGUCACGAUGGUUCUUAAACGGGCGGUGAUUAUGGAAAUGGUUAUGGAAGAGACGCUUCCUAUUGAACAGACGGCAGUUAUUAUACCUUCGUACGUUUACUCAGAGGCGGUGGAAGUGAAGGAACGUGUGAUGGUAGCUAAACGCGUUAGGGUUAAUUAA